AUGGUUCAAUCCGACGACGGCGCCGGCCGCACUGAGCCGCCCGCUGCCAAAGGCUCCCCAACAGACAUGGCCACAGACGUGGACGACGAACGGCCCCCGCCGCUGCCCCCGAGGCGACCAUCCGUCCAGGUCGACGCCGGUCACCUCUCGAAACCGACCACUGCUCUCACCUCCAUCGAUGUUCAGACGCUUUCAUUCCCCGAUGGCUCACGCGGCACCUUCGAAGCCGCAGCUAUGGCGCCCAACUCUAAGGGCACGUCCAGGGUACCCAGCGGCAGUGCGACGCCAGUCGAGCUUGGAGGCUUUGCCCCAGGCUCCGCGCUGCCCGCUCGCGGCAGCGAUUUCGGCGACGACUCGGUCAGCGUCAUGAGCUUCUCACCGACUCUCCGACCACCUGCCGACCUCGCCAGUCUCGUGGCUGGUGGAAUGAACAAGAACAGUAAGGCGUGGGCAAUGCUGAGGUCACAAUCCGCUACCAUUCUGCCGUUCCAGAGAGCUAGUCUGGCCGACAGGUUUGGGAAGUUCGAGACAGAGUUUGAAGAGAUACCGGCUGAAGGGGCCCUGAACGACGAUGGGAGGCUGGCCCUGUGGAGAUCCAAGCUGAAACACUACAUGAUCCUGUCUUCUGCUGGAAAGCCAGUAUGGAGCCGUCAUGGAGACCUGAGUCUGAUCAACUCGUCCAUGGGAGUGGUGCAGACCAUAAUAUCAUUCUACGAGGGCAUGAAGAACCCGCUACAGGGAUUCACGGCUGGAAACGCCCGUUUCGUUGUUGCGACCGAAGGCCCUCUCUAUUUCGUUGCCAUCAGCAAGCUCGGGGAGAGCGAGGCUCAGCUCCGGGAUCAGCUGAAAGCAUUAUAUAUGCAAAUCCUCUCAACCCUGACACUCCCAACACUCACAAAGAUCUUUGUGAACCGGCCAUCAACAGAUCUGCGGACGCCACUGCAAGGAACAGAGUCACUCCUGUCAUCAUUGGCGGACAGCUUCACCAAAGGCUCUGCAACCUCUCUCCUGGGCGCUCUGGAGUGCCUGAGAAUACGAAAAUCACAGAGGCAUGCCGUCAACAACGCGUUCCUGAAGACACGGACGGAGAAGCUGCUCUAUGGCCUCAUUGUUGCUGGCGGGAAAUUGGUCAGCGUCAUCCGGCCACGACGCCAUUCCCUUCACCCUAGCGACCUUCAGUUGAUUUUCAAUAUGCUCUUCGAGUCAGGCGGGAUCAAAGCCGGAGGCGGCGAGAACUGGGUUCCUCUCUGCCUCCCGGCAUUCAACAGUAGCGGUUAUCUCUACAUGUACGUCAGCUUCUUUGACGACGCCUCGGCAGACGGGACCAAAGAAGCUACCCUCGAGCCCGAGGGCGAAAUCGCUAUCAUCCUCAUCAGUCCAGAUAAAGAGUCCUUCUACGACCUGAAAGAGAUGCGCGACAAAGUUGCGAGUAGCCUUAAGAAGAAUGGCAGUCUCGACAUCAUCAAAGCAGCGGCCAAGGCCGGCCGGCCUCAGGUCGCAAACAUCGCACCUGGCAGCCAAGUCAGCCAUUUCGUGUACAAAUCCCGCGCCAACGUGCAGUUCUGCAUGUCGUCGCUCGACCUGUUCAUCAGAUCAAAGGGAUCCUCGCCAAUCAGCGCCGAUGAUGAGGACGACGCAGAAGCAAGCAGCGCCGACGGCCUCGUCUCGCGCAGGCGCCUCAUGACGCUCUACCACCAGCUGCAUGCCUCGGUCCACGCGCGCCACUCGCACCUGAAGGUGCUGCACUGCGUCGGGCAGGAUGCCACUAGUCUGGCGUGGGUCACCCCGAUUUUUGAGUUUUACUGCGUUGCGGGCCCGAAUGCCUCCCGGGCGGUGAUGACACAAGGUGCAAACAAGAUCAUUCAGUGGGCUAAGAGGGAAGAGGAGCGGUUGUUCAUUAUCGGUGGCGGCGUCUUCUGA